AUGGAGGAAACGAGAGACAACCAGAAUAACGAGCAAAACAAUGGACAAAAUGGAGCCCCUCAACUCAACAACCAAAUUGGGACUAUCGAACUAGUCCAACUCAUGCAAGCAUUCAUUACCGCUGCGACUGCAAAAAACCAGAAUCAGCGCAGAGCCCCGCACACACCGCGAGGACCAAUGACCAGAAGUCAGGCACUAAAUGAAUUCUGCAAGCGUCGCCUGCCCUACUUUCAAGGAGAACCUAACCCCACAGCUGCGGAAGCUUGGCUAGCAGAAAUCAAGAAAAUUCUUGAAACCCUAGACGUUCAAGAGGCCAGCAAUCGAAUUGCCCUAGCUACCUAUCAGAUGCAGAGUAAAGCUCAGCAUUGGUGGGACCUGAUGAAGAACACCCAUGAUGUGGCAGCAAUGACUUGGGAAAGGUUUGAGGAAACUUUCCUUGACAAGUACUUUCCAACACCUAUCAAACAAGCACUAGCCUUGGAAUUCAUGAACCUUGAGCAGGGCACAAUGACCGUGGCCCAGUACGCAGCAUGA